AUGCGGCUGCGGCUCCGGCUUCUGGCGCUGCUGCUUCUGCUGCUGCCACCGCCCGCGCGCGCCCCGAAGCCCUCGGCGCAGGACGUGAGCCUGGGCGUGGACUGGCUGACUCGCUAUGGUUACCUGCCGCCACCCCACCCUGCCCAGGCCCAGCUGCAGAGCCCUGAGAAGUUGCGCGAUGCCAUCAAAGUCAUGCAGAGGUUCGCGGGGCUGCCGGAGACCGGCCGCAUGGACCCAGGGACAGUGGCCACCAUGCGUAAGCCCCGCUGCUCCCUGCCUGACGUGCUGGGGGUGGCGGGUCUGGUCAGGCGGCGUCGCCGGUACGCUCUGAGCGGCAGCAUGUGGAAGAAGCGAACCCUGACAUGGAGGGUACGUUCCUUCCCCCAGAGCUCCCAGCUGAGCCAGGAGACCGUGCGGGUCCUCAUGAGCUAUGCCCUGAUGGCCUGGGGCAUGGAGUCAGGCCUCACAUUUCAUGAGGUGGAUUCCCCCCAGGGCCAGGAGCCCGACAUCCUCAUCGACUUUGCCCGCGCCUUCCACCAGGACAGCUACCCCUUCGACGGGUUGGGGGGCACCCUAGCCCAUGCCUUCUUCCCUGGGGAGCACCCCAUCUCCGGGGACACUCACUUUGACGAUGAGGAGACCUGGACUUUUGGGUCAAAAGACGGCGAGGGGACCGACCUGUUUGCCGUGGCUGUCCAUGAGUUUGGCCACGCCCUGGGCCUGGGCCACUCCUCAGCCCCCAACUCCAUUAUGAGGCCCUUCUACCAGGGUCCGGUGGGCGACCCUGACAAGUACCGCCUGUCUCAGGAUGACCGCGAUGGCCUGCAGCAACUCUAUGGGAAGGCGCCCCAAACCCCAUAUGACAAGCCCACAAGGAAACCCCUGGCUCCUCCGCCCCAGCCCCCGGCCUCGCCCACACACAGCCCAUCCUUCCCCAUCCCUGAUCGAUGUGAGGGCAAUUUUGACGCCAUCGCCAACAUCCGAGGGGAAACUUUCUUCUUCAAAGGCCCCUGGUUCUGGCGCCUCCAGCCCUCCGGACAGCUGGUGUCCCCGCGGCCCGCACGGCUGCACCGCUUCUGGGAGGGGCUGCCCGCCCAGGUGAGGGUGGUGCAGGCCGCCUAUGCUCGGCACCGAGACGGCCGAAUCCUCCUCUUUAGCGGGCCCCAGUUCUGGGUGUUCCAGGACCGGCAGCUGGAGGGCGGGGCGCGGCCGCUCACGGAGCUGGGGCUGCCCCCGGGAGAGGAGGUGGACGCCGUGUUCUCGUGGCCACAGAACGGGAAGACCUACCUGGUCCGCGGCCGGCAGUACUGGCGCUACGACGAGGCGGCGGCGCGCCCGGACCCCGGCUACCCUCGCGACCUGAGCCUCUGGGAAGGCGCGCCCCCCUCCCCUGACGAUGUCACCGUCAGCAACGCAGGUGACACCUACUUCUUCAAGGGCGCCCACUACUGGCGCUUCCCCAAGAACAGCAUCAAGACCGAGCCGGACGCCCCCCAGCCCAUGGGGCCCAACUGGCUGGACUGCCCCGCCCCAAGCUCUGGUCCCCGCGCCCCCAGGCUCCCCAAAGCGACCCCCGGGUCCGAAACCUGCGAUUGUCAGUGCGAGCUCAACCAGGCCGCAGGACGUUGGCCUGCUCCCAUCCCGCUGCUCCUCUUGCCCCUGCUGGUGGGGGGUGUAGCCUCCCGCUGAUGGGGGGAGCCAUGCAGACCGAACAGCGCCCUCCACGGCCGAGUCCCCCGCCGCUGGACCUGGUCGGGGGUUGUGAGGCGCUGCGGAGGCCCCUUGUCUGUUCCCACGGACGGGGGCUCGGGCGCGGACUAAGCAGGGUGGAUCUCCCGCGCAGGGGCGGCGGCGGCGGGUACCGGUCGCCUGGCGCUGGGCUCAGUCUCCUCAGGGUCUGAGACCCCGGCGCUGCCACCGGAACCCGCCUUCAGGGGCGCACGCGCGCUUGGACCAUGCGUCGGUCGUCGCCCCCGUCGUUCCCUCCCGGCGGCCGCCAGGGGGCGGUCGGACCCUGCCUCCCGAGCCCGGGGAGGGGCGGGGAGGACAAGGGGCGGGCCUGCGGCCUCACCCGGAGGGACAGCAGCCCCGGUCGCGCGCUGCCCCCGCAGGACCGUCCUUUUCCAGGAAGAGCCAGCUUUUCUCGGAGCGCAGUCCUGGGACUCUCCGCAGCCCCGCCCCGCCUGGCCACUGCGUCUGGCAUUCCUGGGUCGUUAGACGACAGGCCUGACUGCGAAGCUGUGCCUUGCCCCUCUCCCACCCGCAGUUUUUCACCCCGUUCAGCAUGCUCCCACAAGGCCCCCCUACAGUCACUGCCACACUGGUGGGGACCUGGGACCCAGACCCGGAACCAGCCCAGAUAUCACCCCUGAGGACCCAUGCGCCACGUCCUGGGUGGUGGAAUCAGUGGCUGGAGGGACGACCCUUGCUCUCCAGACUGUUAACCUUUUCCGUUGCUCCCCCGCCACCCACCUCCUCCUCCCCGGGCCACCCAACUUGGGCACCUCCCUGGGCCCAGAACUGCCUUCCAUUCAAUGGGGAACCCUUCUAUCCCCAAGAACCCCUUCCCUGCUUGCACCCUGGAGAGAACAGCUUGACUCCCAUCAACUCAACGCUGGUGGAAAGACAGGGACCGAACCCUGGCUCAGGCCUGGUCAUUGCCUCCUCAGCACUCCCUCCUGGGAGGCCCUAGCUCUAGAGUGAGGGGUGGGUGGAACCUGGGGGCACCUCGUUGACCCUGUCCCCACUCCCCACAGUUUUAGGAUCUAAAUGAUUGCCUCUGGAACUAUUCUUCUAGACUAUCCCACAUCAGAAUCACUGGGAAAUUUAAGUUUGCAGAUCCCACACUCACCCUGAAUCCUCACUCAGGGUGGGGUCAGGAAUCUGCAUUUUAACUAGUCGCAGGGAUUGUGGGGGGCAGUAGCUGGCUGUUUCGUGGCAUUUCUGUGGCUCUGCAGUGUUCCUCCACCCCAGGACCAAUAUGUUCAGGCCACACCGAUGGCCUGAACCCCAUGGGUAGAGUCACUUAGGGGCCACUUCCUAAGUUGCUGUCCAGCCUCAGUGACCCCCUAGUGCUUCCUGGAGCUGAGGCUGUGGGCGGCUGUCCCAGCAACCAGGAGAGGGGUUGCCCCAAUUGCUUAUACAAACAGAUCAGCAUGAGGACAGAGGGCAGGAGACUUUGGUCAGUUACCUGGGAAUUCUGGGCUGCCAGGAAACGAUUUGGGCCUCUGUCAGUUUCUUUUCCAUGUAUGAGGAGGGGGAAAUUUGUAUAUUAGAAACUUAUUCAUCCCACUCAGGACAAUAAAAAUGAAUGGACAAAAAGCCCUUC